AUGACAGAAAAAGCAAGUGCAGAUGACUUUCAAGUUCAGGAGUUUCUGAAGAAGAAGAAGAAGAAGAGAAAACACAAGGAAUACAGUAAGAAACAUGAAAAUGAUGAAGGAGAAAGUGUGCAAAAUGCAGAGCUUAGCCAUGCUUCUCCACUGCUGUUUGAAGAUCAAGCAGCACAGAGUGGUGAAAUCUGUAAAAAGAAGAAAAAAAAAAAAAAAAAACACAAGAGGGAGAAGCAACAGUCUUCAUUAGAUAAUUCUUGUGUAGAACUGGAGGGAAUGGAUUAUGAAAUUAGUAAUGAAACUGGAAUGGAUGCUUCCCAAAAGAAAAAGAAAAAAAAGAAGCGGAAGUAUAACCAUGAUACAGAUGAGAAAAGUGAUGUGACUUGUGCCGCAAUAAAUCAGCAUAGCACUGAUAGUUGUCAGGAGGUUGAUGCUGAUUACGUUCAUUUAAAACAGUCUGUUAAGAAGAAAAGAAAAGAGAAAUUGCCUGAACAGGAUGAGGUACAUGAGCUGCCUACCUCAGAAACAUGCGAUAAAAAUGACAAGAAGAGAUCAAAAAAGAAAAAGAAGAAAAGAAGCAGAAGUACCCAAGAUAUGCAGGAAGACACAGACGUAACUGUUGGCCAGUCACUGUUGUCGUCUCCAGAGCAAAACAGGCCAGAGGAAGACACAGUCUUGCCAUUACCUACAGAAGAGGGUGGUGCAGCAACGCCCCAGCAAUGGCAUGAAGAUGGUAACUGCGAUGCUUCUCCUGCCAGGAAUGAAGACUCUACAGAUGUAUCUGCAAAUUUUUCUAAGCCAACUAAAGCAGCUCGUCGGUCUUCUCGAAAAACUGCAGUGCGUGCUAGAAAGGCAAUAAAAAGCAGUGUUUUUGUCAUGGAAGAAAGCUCUUCUGAAUCUGAUGUAAUGACACCAGAACCCUCGGCAUCAAAUAGGAAGGAGAACCAGAAUAGUUCCUCUACUGAAAUAGUAGCCUCUGAUGAGCUUACUCUGGAUGAUGAAGAGUGCCUGGACUCUACCAUGUCUUCAGUCGUGGAUUUGGAUACUGCAAAACAAGAAUUGGAAGAGUUUAUUCCUCAUGUGAGGAAUAUAUCAGACAGUUCAAUCAGGAAGAUGGCUGGAAGAGACCUAGUGAGGUUUAAACAAUUUAAAAAACAAGGUAUUGCUGUCAAGUUUGGCAGAUUUUCCCAGAAGGAAAAUGAUCAAAUCCGGAAAAAUAUUGAAGAGUUCUUAUCGAUUACUGGAAUAGACAGUGCUGAAAAACUCCUGUUCACCUCAAGGUUUCCAGAAGAUAAAGAAACUAUUAGCCGCCUAAAAGUAGAACAUCUGUUUUGUGAAAAACUUUCUGAAGGCAUACCACGGCCCUGGAGGCUGAUAUAUUAUCGAGCAAGGAAGAUGUUUGACCCAAACAAUUAUAAAGGGAGGUAUACUAAGGAAGAGAAAGAGAAAUUAAAAAAGUAUCAUGCUCUGCAUGGCAAUGAUUGGAAGAAGAUUUCUGAGAUGAUGUCCCGUUCUAACCUCUCAGUUGCUAUGAAAUACUCUGAAAUCAAGUCAGCUAUUAAUUAUGGUCCUUGGUCAAAGGAAGAGACCCAGAAGCUAAUGCGUGCAGUGGAGGAGGUGAUUAGGAAAAGAAUGGAAAUGGAAGAUGCAGAUUCUCUUUCAUCAUCAUCAAAGUCACGUAGAGAUCUUUCAAUUGACCGUGAGAAACUGUACCAGAAAUUACCAUGGACUGAGAUUGAAGCUAAAGUGGGAACUCGAUAUUGGAGACAAUGUAAACAGAAAUGGACUACAAUUUUAACAAACAAGAUGACCAAAGGGCAGCAGUUGUAUAGGGGAACGAAAGGAUUACAGGCCAAGAUCAACCUCAUUAAAAGGUUGCAUGAAAUGAAAGUGGAGGAUGCUAAUGAAGUAAACUGGGAAGAACUCAGUAAUACUAUUGGAGAUGUACCUAAAGCCUAUGUUCAAGCAAAAUUUUAUAAGCUAAAAGUCUCCUGUGUCCCUUUUUGGCAAAAAAAGACUUUUUCUGAAAUUAUUGAUUAUCUUUUUGAAGAGAAACUUCCAGAACUUGAAGAAAAGUUAAAAAAAAGGAAAGGGAAGCACCUUAGUUCUGACAAUUCAACAGCCAGGCAACAGAAAAAAGCUUUCAGACUCAGUGACAUUUUUGACUCUAGUGAAGAGAGUGAUUGA